UCGCCUGUUUAAAGCUAAUUCAUCAUUUUUCCACUGUCAAAGCCAUGGCUGCGCGAAGCGACUGGUGUCACUUUUACACAAGAGAUGACGUCAUGAAAAAAGCUUCACUGCAGGUUAAGCUACAGCUCAUCCGGAAACAGCUGGAUGCGUUCGCAGUUCUAGAAAAGGAAGUGACGUCACAUUUCUCAGAGGACACGUUCCUUAACAACAUCAGAAGACUGGAAAACACAUAUAGCAAGAGCCAACUUCAAAGUUUAGAAGUCGUCACCAACUUAGCGCUUUUCCGACAACUUUUGUUACGGUUACAACUGGACAACAACCAUGGCAACAGGGAUGUAGACGACAGGGGUGUUUUGGAGUACUUUGUGGACAUUUUGCGUCUCAUUGAUGAUAUGAAGAGGUUAAACAGGUAUUUCACAGAGAGGGUGUACACACCACUUGUAGAGAACCUCUUUCCAGCUCACGGCAUGGAAAAGGCAGCGACACCUCUCACAGGUCACGCACAGGCGGUCACCGUCUUGUCUGAAAAAGGGAAGAAGACCCUACAGGCGAGAGCGAUAGAGAACGGGACCCAGGCUUCAAAAUGUGACGAACGAACCGCCAAGUUUCUACGGACAGUUAAACGACUUUUUAAACUCGAGCAGCGGUGGAGCAGGCUGUCGUCUGACGGGCCGAUCUCAGUCGUUCUCUUCGAGGCGGAGACGAACAAGAACAGCGAGGAGACCGAUAGUGUCAGACCCUUCCAUCUCAUCUCUCGGCUGGUACCAGACCUGGUCGCGAAGGCGGGUAAAGCGGUGGCCAUCACGGAGAAGUGGGUCACGCUGUUUGUUGGGAUGUCCGAAUGGGCUGGCAAAGACGAGAGGAGUAGUCGUGAGAGACAGAUUGAAGAACUCCGCGGGAAAAUUAGUAAGACCUCACGAACCAUCCAGGAGCUGGAGACGAAACUGGCGGACUAUCGGGAGGAGCUGGCCGGCCUGACAGCUAAGGACGCCCGCUAUGACGAGCUGACGGAGGCGUUCCAGAUGGCGUCCGUGUCGUCAGAGGAACUCAGCACUGACAUCAGUGAUCUGGAGGAAACAGAGAAGAAGAUGACCAAGCAGCUAGAAGAAUUCUCGAGGCGGAAGGAUAUAAAGGAGUACGAGGAACUGAAAGAAGAGGCGGGGCACAUCCAGCAGAAAUUACAGUCGACAAGGUAAGCAGUUAUUGACAGGAUCUGAAGUUGGCAUCCUAUCGCAGCGCCCUCCUGCGAGACGACAUGGAACUGCUGCUGAACGUGCUUCCCAGCUUCCAGCGACUCGGCAUCGGGGUCAAACAGAAGAUGGCCAACAUAGAGGAAAAACUGAAAAUGGAAAGAGAAAGGCAGCAAAAACUGGAGGAAGAAUUGCAAAGUCUGGACCUAAACAGUAAACGAAGCGAUAUAGCUGAUGCGUAUGUGACGUUAGGAACAAUUUUGGUAUCUAUUGAAGUUAAAGAUGUUUAGUUUAAUGUUCAAAAUAUUUAGUGUGUGCUUUGCUGUGAUCUGAAUGUUGCUUUGUUGUAAAAUAAAGGUAUUUGGCACGUUUGGCAUCUGAAGUCACAUGUAGAUUGACGGAAACACGUUCCCCACCAUACACUAGCGCCCUCUAUUGAAGUUCAUUAGAACUGCAUAUUAUGUUGGCAGCACAUACCAACUAUCCUUUCCGGACUAGCAGAACAGCUGCGCAGUGUUUUUAAUCCGAAAUUGGCAACCUACCACGCCACGUACGGGCUUAAGCCUGUGCUGACCGAUUUAGAUAAGACUAGAUAACCUCUCUGUCUCCUCGUUGCUUAAGACUGGUAAACUGUGGCUCGAAACUUUCUUAAUUGAUGCAUGUCGUCCGAAUUAUGAAGUUGUAAGAUAGGUCAUUGUACAACGUUACUCCCUUUCCUGAC